AUGGCUAAUACAAUUGUUGAAAACAUCCAGAGAAUACCUCCCGUGACUCGUUUUUUCACGUUAGCGUCGGUUAUGACGUGUUUGGCAAUCACAUCGUUCGAUGCAUUGCCAGGACUCUUCUGCAACUACCACACCUUAUCUAACGACUUUGCUGGCAUCUACAAGGUCUACCAAAAGGGAAACUCGUUCAACACCGCCAAGGCUAUAGCUCUUCAGGUGAUCAACUCCUACAAGUUCCUCACAUCCACCCUUAUCCCCUCCGACGUCUUGUCGAGCCAGCGAUGGAAUGCAUUAAUGGAUAUAUACUUUUUCUACACAUUCUCCAACCAUUUAGAGGCAUACGGUGGCAAAUUCAACGGCAACUUCCCCGACUAUCUAUGGUAUGCCAUAACAUGCGGAACCAUGGUCAACGUCUUUGCAUUGUUCUACAACGCCUUCUUCGACCCCAUGCCAAUCUUCCCCCACGACUGCUUAUUGGCGUGUUUGACAUACACCUGGUCGAGAGCCAACAAAAACGCCAAGAUAAACUUAAUGGGAAUCGUGCCCAUCAAAGCAUACUACUUGCCAUUGGGUAACAUCCUCAUCAAACUAAUCCUUCGUGGGCCUUCAGGACUUGUGGAUACCAUUAUUGGAAUUUUAUCGGGGUACCUCUACCUCUGCAUCCAGCUGAACACGUUGCCGGUAUACAAUUUGUUGCCCGACGCCUACGGCAAAAACACAGAACAGCACACCGAUGCCCGAAGAGUGGGUAUUCUGAGAUACGUCGAUAACGGCGGCAGUCAAUACGAGUAUAUUGGCGACUCAAUCUACGAUAAAGGGUACUGGAAAGCUCCUAAAUUCUUCUACAACCUCUUGGGGUACCCAUCCAAAAACUCAGUACGAACAACUGCAUUUGAUAGUACACCCAGAAACGAAGAGAGUGCUACAACCGGCUAUUCAUGGUUUGGAAGUGGUGCUACAGCAUUCAGGGGAAAAGGACAUAGGUUAGGUAGUUAA